UCUCCCAUAAUAAAUAUAGAAAGUAAGAAAUGAAUUGGAGUUGGAGCGACUUUGUCAGUCUGCAAAGUACAGCCGAGAGAGAGAGAGAGAGAGAGAGAGAGAGAGAGAAAGAGAGAGAGAAAGAAGCAGCAUGAGGAAAGGGGGCUUAAGCUCAAAGCUCAAGCUUACUAUUCCUUCUGAUGAAAUUCCGGUCACUAGAUUCCUAACUCAAAGCGGGACGUUCAAAGACGGGGAUCUGCUAGUCAAUAAAGAUGGAGUUCGAAUCCUCUCUCAAAACGAAGAUAUACCGCCAACCCUUAUAAAGCCAUCGGAUGACCAAUUGACCUUGGCUGACAUAGAUGUAAUUAAAGUGAUUGGAAGGGGUAAUGGAGGGAUUGUGCAGCUUGUGCGACACAAGUGGACCGGCCAAUUUUUUGCUCUGAAGGUUAUACAAAUGAAUAUCCAGGAGCCUAUUCGCAGACAGAUUGCACAGGAAUUGAAGAUUAAUCAGUCCGCGCAGUGUCCGUAUGUUGUUGUAUGUUACCAGUCAUUCUAUGACAAUGGUGUGAUAUCAAUUGUCUUGGAAUACAUGGAUGGUGGUUCUCUUGCAGAUUUUCUAAAGAAAGUCAAAACAAUUCCAGAGCCAUAUCUUGCUGCCAUCAGUAAGCAGGUGCUCACGGGUUUGUUCUAUCUUCAUCAUGACAAGCACAUAAUUCACAGGGACUUAAAACCUUCUAAUUUGCUAAUAAAUCAUAUGGGAGCGGUCAAGAUAACAGAUUUUGGUGUGAGUACCAUAAAGGAAAGCACUUCUGGCCAGGCAAAUACCUUUGUUGGUACUUACAUCUAUAUGUCUCCAGAGAGAAUAAGUGGAGGUGCAUACAGCUACAAAAGUGAUAUUUGGAGCUUAGGAUUAGUUUUACUGGAGUGUGCAACAGGAAAAUUUCCAUAUUCCUCUCCAGAAGAAGAAGGAUGGGAUAACUUUUACGAGCUUAUGGAAGCAAUUGUGGACCAACCACCACCUUGUGCACCUUCUGACCAGUUUUCUCCAGAGUUCUGCUCUUUUAUUUCGGCAUGUGUACGGAAAGACCCAAAAGAUAGACAGGCAGCACGUGAACUAAUGGAACAUCCUUUCAUCAGCAUGUAUGAAGAUUUAAAUACUGAUCUUGCUGCUUACUUCACCAAUGAUGGGUCUCCGCUUGCGACAUUUUGAUCAUUUUCUUUCUGAUUGCAAGUGUGCUGCUGCGGCAGGUAUGGGAGUGUUGAAUAAAAUGGGGAAAGAAAGAAUGGGUUCAGGUUCUUGAAAACCAGCAAGAUAUGAGAAUCCAAUGCCUGAAAAUUGAAGUUCGCAGAACUGGAGGAUUAAAAUUGAAGUUAGCAAGACUGAAGGACUAGAACUGAAGUUAGGACUGGUGGACAUCUUUCACAUGAAUCCAAAGCUAUUACUUGAAAGAAGUCAUUAUUUGUAUUUCAUAUCUGAACAGAUACAAAGCAUAUGUUUUCUUGUGAACCUGGAAUUAAUGAAAUAGAGUCUGAUUGAAUUGAGUCAUCCACUUGGUACCCAAGAAUCAUAUUCCUGUUAUUAAAGUCUGCUGGAGCACUUUUCUCAGUA